AACUUGUUACGACCUAAAUUUACUUGAAGUGAAAUAUUGAUGUUAAGCAAGGUCAACUACAGAUAAAAGUUCACAUAUCGUGUCAAACCCUUAGCUUUAAAACGAAGUCAUACAAAGAUCUAGUGCAAGUUUGAAUUUGGAGCACAUUUUUGUUAAGAAUUUGAGUGAAUAAAAUAGAAAAGAAUGUCAGCCACCAGCGAUUCACAUGGACUACGUUUUAAGGACAAGGUUGCCAUAGUAACUGGAGGAUGUUGCGGGAUCGGGCGUGGCUGCGUGGAUGUGAUGGCGGAACAGGGUGGGAAAAUAGCUGUCCUAGACCUAAAUGAUAAAGUUGGAAACACCCUCUCGUCAGUCAGUACAUCUGGCGAAAUAUUUUACGUACAUUGUGAUAUGACGAAAGAAGAAGAAAUUAAGAAUGCUAUAAAACAGGUUGCAGAGAAAUACGGACAAAUUGACUGCUUAGUAAAUAACGUCGGAACACAUCCCGGAAGUAAGACGAUUGAUGAGCUAACUGUUGAAGGUUUCAAGGACCUACUAAACCUUAAUCUUGUCAGUAAUUUUACGGCGAGUAAAUAUGCCCUUCCUUAUCUGCGAAAGAGUAAGGGGAAUAUUGUAAAUAUCACGAGUAUCAGUGCUCACUCUGGCACCGGUUUGGCAUCGUCUUAUUGCGCGACCAAAGGCGGGUGCUUGUCACUAACAAAAGCCCUUGCCAUUGACGAAGCAAAAAACGGUGUCCGAGUAAAUUCGGUAUCUCCAGGUUGUAUAGAUACACCGUUAUUUCGUAGCGUAGAAAAAGCAGGGGGAAGAGAAAUUGAUGAAGAAAGACUUAAAUACAUUGGCUCCUUACAUACACUGAACAGAAUUGGUCAGCCAAGAGAAAUAGGCAAGGCGUGUUUGUUCCUGGCUGUAGAUGCCACGUUUACUACUGGCGAGGAGCUGAUGUGUACCGGAGGGUGUGAACUAGGAUCCGGAGUUAAGUAUGCCCUUCCUUAUCUACGAAAGAGUAAGGGAAAUAUUGUAAAUAUCACAAGUACCAGUGCUCACUCAGGCACCGGUUUGGCAUCGUCUUAUUGUGCAACCAAAGGCGGGUGCUUGUCACUAACAAAAGCCCUCGCCAUUGACGAAGCAAAAAACGGCGUUCGAGUAAAUUCGGUAUCCCCAGGUUGUAUAGAUACACCGUUAUUUCGUAGCGUAGAAAAAGCAGGGGGAAGAGAAAUUGAUGAAGAAAGACUUAAAUACUUGGGCUCCUUACAUACACUGAACAGAAUCGGUCAGCCAAGAGAAAUAGGCAAGGCGUGUUUGUUCCUGGCUGUAGAUGCCACGUUUACUACUGGCGAAGAGCUGAUGUGCACCGGAGGGUGUGAAGUAGGAUAUGGAGUUAAGCAAUGAUUUCCGUGCAAAAUAGGACCUUGUUAUCUGUUUUCAUUACUGUGUGGGAGCAGCUUUUGGGCAUUUUCUGUCUUUGAUAGUCAUUAUUAGACACAUCCACGUGCAAUGGAAUAUUGCUUUAAACCUCGGGAGUAUUUACUUUUGGAUCUAUGUCAUUAUCUAUAUUUUUGAAUAAAAAUACAUGUUUUCGUUCAUACCCUUUCGUAUGAAAAUCUACAUUUGAUAAAGAUAAAAAAUGUUUAAUUUAUAUUUUACAUUUUACUUCAUAAAUAUUGUGGAAGCGGAAUAUUGAGUAAGAGGAGUAGUUGUGGACAAAGUUGAUAAAUAAACGAUAUUUGUUUCA